AUGUAAUUUCCAUUUUGUCCCUCGAUCUUUUAUACUGCGUACGUACGUCGUAGAGGUAAAAAUCUCUCCCCUCUCCUUUACCCGCCGCCGAUCUCCGAUCUCCGAUCCGGCGCCGAUCGGGGAUUAGGGUUUCGGCCGAGUCCCCCUUCUUCUACUUCCCCUUCGCCCCAAUUCGUUUCCAACAGUUUGAGAGGUAAAAAUAUCGAAUUUUGGUGGGGGAGAGAGAGAUGGAGAUGGUGCUUAGAGCGGAGGACGCGAAGGAUUGGGUGUAUAAAGGAGAAGGAGCCGCUAAUCUCAUCCUCAGCUACCGCGGAUCUUCGCCUUCGCUGCUUGGAAAGGUUUUACGGAUUCAAAAGGUCCCAAAAGACAAAACUCAAUUUCCAAACACACGUGAUGUGCUUACGAGACAUGAACAACUUUUAUGGCGUGAUGCUGCCGAACUGGUGGAAUCCUCAUCAAGACAUAACCUGGCUCAAAGAUACGUGGUGCAUGUGAUGAGUCCUUUUCUAGGUGCAAAGCAUAUAGAUGUUGGGAUUCGUGUCUCUGUGUCUAGGGAUUUCUUGGAGCUCGUCAAAGUGAAUAUCCGUAGCCAUCGUCCAAUUUUGCGGGUUGAUGUCUCUGAAGUAGAUAUUCUCAGUGAUUCUGCACUUGUUAUUUCUGACCAUUCAAUAUUUACUGGCACCUCUGAUGAAAGCAUUUGCAUAGCAGUAGAAAUAAAGCCCAAGUGUGGAUUUCUCCCGUCCUCAGAAUUCAUAGCCAAAGCUAAUUCCGUUAAGAAGCAUGUAACUCGAUAUAAGAUGCACCAACUCCUUAAACUUCAUCAUGGAGAGAUCUUGAAGGAGAGUGAGUACGACCCCCUUGAUCUCUUCUCUGGGUCAAAGGACAGAAUAUGUAAGGCCAUUGGUGCAUUAUUUUCAACUCCAGAGAACAAUUUCCGUGUAUUUUUAAACGGCUCACUCAUUUUUGGAUGUAUGGGACGUGAUAAUAUUCCAUCUCAUCAAGUAAACAAAACCUUUGAAGAUUUGAUCAAAGUCGGCGGGCUACAGCUAUCGAGCUUUCUUGAGCUUCUUGGGGAGGUGAUUUUCAAAUCCGGGAUACUAGAUCGGCUUCUAGCAACACAAAAGCUCGACGUUCUUGAUAUUGAAGGAGCGAUUCAUGCAUAUUAUAAUAUUGUUUCUCAGCCUUGCUCGGUGUGCAAAAGUAUAGCUGACGCUGAACUAUUGGAUCGGUAUUCUUUUCUGCAUUCUCUUCCAAUGGAGAAGAGCCUGAAGAUUGUUAGAGAGUUUCUUGUAGCUGCCACUGCAAAGGACUGUAGCCUAAUUAUCAGCUUUAGACCUAGAGAGAGUGGAAUUACGUCUUCAGAUUAUAGUUCAAUAUGUCUUAAAUCGUUGAACCGAAUAUAUUAUUACAAGGCGCAUUUCAUUGACCUGGAUAUGAAACCUCUGGAGAAGAUGGUCUAUUACUAUGAGAAGGAUCAGAAGAUUGUUAAUUUCUAUAAAAGAAAUGUGGAGACCGAACAAAGUUCAUGCAAUUCCAAAAAUGGUGUUAAUUGUUACAGGAAGAAACACUUUCAUCAAUGAAAGUUUCUUUUGUAGUCAGUUUACUGUCUUUUUGAUCUUUCACAUAGAAAGAUUCUGUAAAUGGACUCUCUUAUCUUUAUUCAGUUACUUUGAAAUAUAGUUAGAAUUUAGAUCC